GAACCAGCUGGGCGCUUUUCGUGGCGUAGAGUAGAGGCCGCCUACAGAGACCGGUGCGCUGCUGACUCUCCUCUCCUGUGCCGACCAGGUCGCGAGUCGGGAAUGCAAGUCAUUUCCAGAUUGCUCGGCCUUUUACUCAUUGCUGUCUGCGGAAACGGUCUCGACCCGAUCGAAGGAGUCGAGCAGUGCCCGCAAAUUGGCAACAGUAGGUAGCCUCAAUAUACAGGAAAGCAGCCCGGAUCGACAGACUUUUCCAUCGAGAAACUUACUAGCAGGAUGAAGGUCGUUUCAGCGUUCGCAGCGGCGGCGCUCGCGCUCCUCGGAGCGGCACAGGCCGUCGACGUUGACAACGGGUUCACGCAGGACGGCUCCACUACCUACUGCAUGGGCGUCAACGGGGCGGUAGGUACGCUCGCUUUCGACACGUUGGAGGCCAGCAACGUCGGUCGCUGCCCCGUAGGCGUCACGCUAACGCUUACAGCCUCCGAGUUUCACGUGAGUGACCCCAUCACCGUCAAGUGGACGGCCAAGGCGAACACUGGCUUGGCCAACGCCAUCUUCCCGAACGCCAUCGACGCAACCACAGGCCUCCCAGGUGCCGUGACCACGUCGUCACUGUUCGCCUGCACAGCCGGAACCAACUGCGCCACGAACGUGGGCGGAACCCCUACGGGUGCGGACGGAACUAGCACCGGAGCAUUCGCCGCUGACGGCACCAAGGCCCUUGAGACCAACACGUUCACUCUCUCCACGGCUGGCGACUACAUCAUUGUGGGCAUUGUCGCUCUGCCCGGUGAUGCCUCGCUCAACCUUGCAGCGGAGGAAUACAUCGUCUUCAAGAAGAUCAGUAUCGUGUCCGCCGACUCGUCCAUCUCGUCCUCGUCGACGUCCAAUACAGGUAGCGUAGGAACUUCUGAUUCAAGUGGCACAGAGUCGACCACCUGGUCGACCACUGCUCCGCCCGUAACAACUGCACCGCCGCUAACUCAGGCGCCGUCGCUUUCCACAGGUUCUUCCGCCUCGUCGUCUGGCAGCACCAACACCACGACGAGUGCGCCUGACAGCAACUCUGGAAACGACUCUGGCAGUUCGGCGGAGCAGGAAUCCAAACUAAAGCAGAGCUCGGGCACGGACGAAUCGGCCCAAGUCUCGGACUCUUCGACCAAGACAACCACGGCUCCGACUACGUCCGAUGAUACGACGCAGCAGAAGGACACAGGCUCCUCUGGAGCAGUCAAGUCGGCUUCGACCUCUAACGGCAGCGGUGACUUCCUCGGCCAUAACGGAGUGAUCAUAAUUGCCGCGCUGGUUGGCUGCUGUAUCGUUGGUGUCGUCGCCUUUGCCUUCGUGAUGCGUCGUCGUAAGGAGCAGCGUAUGCACGCUAACAAAGCCUUCGACCUGAACUCGCCCUCUCUGGCUAGCGACAUGGACGACAGUGGACUCCACGGCCACGACGGCGGCAAGAUCGACCUCACAUACGUCGCCAACAUCUCAGCUCGAAACAACGACAAGGCUGCUGACAACAUAAUGAGUGAGGAAUCCUCAGUCGCCAUCAUGGCUUCAGCUGAGCGUGGCUCGGAGCUCAACUCUAGCAAUGGCAGCUCAUUGAACUCGCUCCCCAAGAGCAGUUUGGACACCGAUGGGUACUCGGAAAAGGCGAGCUACGGUGCUGCGGGUGCCGCUGCUGCUGCUUCCGCCGGGGCGACCAAACACUCGAACGAGGCGGAGAUUGACGCCUACCGCAUGAGCAACAUGUCGGAGUUGUCAUCCAUUGCCGGUGGCCAGAGCGAAGCCUCAAUGUCCAACUUCGGUGACUCGGUUGUGUCGGCCAGACAGAACAAGUACCUGCAGCCAGGAGACUGGAACGACUCGGAGUCAUCUCGCAUGGACUCCCGCCUGGACUCGAUGGAGCAGGCUGAGUUGAAGGCCCGUGGAUUCGGCAGCAUCGGAGGAUUCAGCACGGUCAGCGGCUUCUCGGAGGACAACACGUCACGCAUCACGGGCUUGAGCGAGCACGACUCAAACCGCGACAUUGGCUUCUCCAUGUCGUCUCGCCCUACAGUUGAGUCACGGUUCACUGAGGACUACAAUAUCACGGAAGACCGUGCCACUGUUGAGUCGCGCUUUGAUGACUACCGCGCUACGGAGGAGUCCCGUGUCACCGAGGAUUCUCGUGCUACUGGCUUCUCGGAGGCCAUGGACCAGUCGAGACUACAGAGCGAGGUGUCCGUGGACUCGUACGGCUUCCGAGCGUCGCGCUCCAGCGCAGACUCGUACAGCUCAGGCAUGUCUCCGUACAGCCGCGAGAGCUCGCGUAUCAGUGGCUUCAGUGUUGCCUCGAGUGACAGAUCAAGCAACGCCAGCAAGUACUAGACCAAGUGAUUGGUAGUUUUGUGGCGUCUGGUUUCCCAGUGCUAGGAAAGGGAUGCAGUUCUGAGGUCAACGAGUGAGUGAGUUUUGUGGUUUUGAUCGCGUCUCCAGUCCUCACCCCGAAGUUUGUUAAUAAUCUAUGUUGGUUCGAUAGCAGUUCCUUACCUAGCAGUGAAUAGACUUGAACACGCACGUGUUUAACCCUUGCAAUUCUACAUUUUGGCACAAGAUAGAGUUGGCUAC